AUGUCGAAACAAGAGCAACAAGAUGUCAUACUCAAUAGUGAUACCAAUAAUGGUAAUAUUACUAAUGACACCACCACUACCGACACUAAUCAUGCUGACAAAAAUUUUUACAACCGAGUAAUAAAUUCCCGUUAUUUUACACCCAAAUUUCUGAUUAGUAUAGCGUUAGGACAAUUUUUGUCAUUUUGUAUUACGGCGACCAUGGUUACCAGUAAUGAAUUAUUUGUGAACUAUAAUAUCAGCGUUCCUACAUUUCAAACGUUUCUUACCUAUGUAGCAUUAAAUUUGAUUUAUACGCCACUAACCAUCUACAAAAAGGGAUUUAGGUAUUGGUUGGAUAUUUUUAACCUGAAGGAUUAUCGAUUUUUAAAAUUUGAAGGCAAUUAUUUUGUGGUAAAGGCAUAUGCUUACACCUCAGUUCUUUCCGUAAUGUUGCUUGAUACGUGGGCAAUCCCAGUUUGUAUGUUAUCAUCAAUCGUAUUCCUAAAGGUUGGAUAUCAUUGGAGUCAAUACUUUGGAGUGUUGAUAUGUCUUGUUGGUAUUGGAGUAUUGCUUGCAGGAGAUCUUGACUCAGGACAAGAUUUUAGUGGUGCAGUGAAUAUGGGACUUGGUGAUGCAUUUUGUAUCAUAGGUGCAACACUUUAUGGUGCGAGUAAUGUACUAGAAGAAUUAUUUGUGAGACAAAGAUCAGUGUAUGAGGUGGUUGGACAAUUAGCAUUUUGGGCAAUGAUUAUCAGUGGUAUUCAACUUUCAAUUUUAGAGCGUCAAGAACUUUCUGCUGUAGAAUGGAGUGGAGGUAGUGCACCAAUACUUUUCAAAUUAUCAUCAGCUACAUUCUUUAAUCUUUCUUUACAAACAAUUCAUUUCUAUUCAUUAAUAUUUAGUUUAUUAUUAUUCGGUGCCCAGAUGCAUCAUCUUUAUCCUGUGUCAUUUGUUAGCACCAUCAUAGGACUGUGUUUAUUCCAUUACAAUCCAGAAUCAAGGCCUAGUUACAGUCAUCCUGCUUUUCCUUCUAUUGGUAGGGAUUGCAGUGAUGUCAAAGGUAACGAUGAUAAUGAAGGCCAGAAUUCUGAUGAAAUAAAAGUUGAGGAAAAGGAAGUUACUACUGAUUUAAAUGUAUAA